AUGGCUCUCUUCAGGGGCAUGCCACAGGAGAUCAGAGACCACAUCGUUGAUCUCAUGAGCGACGAUCAGUCGGCUUUAGCAGCGAUAGGAUCGGUGCAUAGGUCGUUCACUGGUCGAAGUCAGCGAUUGCUCUUCAGCGACGUCACUCUCACGAUGUCCGCUACUGUCUUCUUGUUCCACAGGGCUAUACAAAAUACUUCGUUGCGUGGCAUCGUCAAGGUCUUGCAUGUCAGGACAAGCAUCUCAGGGGCGAGUUGGAUCGCCCACGAUGUGACACUCCCCACAGUGUUGACAAAGCUGUAUGGCCUAGUCGAGUUUCACUUUCGACCUAUGUCCCUAUGCCUCUCUACGUCCUCACCUGCCCUCAACCAGGCAUUCUAUCGUGUGCUGUCCUUGCCGUCGCUGCGCGUGCUCGAGGUCAUUGGGGUGCGAUCCCUGCUGCUGUCCAGGAUUGCAGGCGCUGUGCAUCUGCAUGAUGUUCGGCUGGCCCAUGUUGAGUUCCAGGACGAGAUGUGGAGACUCGAGAGAGUAUCUCCACCUAAUCUCAUCAGUCUGACUCUCAUCCUCGACGCGCACGCCAUGCGUCGUGCCUGCCUCCUCCUCAUGGAUCACGAAGAUCAGCAGCCGUCCACAUCUGUACAACUGCGAAGGUUGCGACUGGACCUGGUCAGCUCGAAGGACAUAGCAGAGGGAUACGCGGGUGCUGCAUACAUUCUCUCGCGAUGCGCAUCGUGUCUUCGCGAUCUAGAACUUGGAGGCUUUCUAUGCCCGAAUCUUCAGUCUCAGGUGGUCAGACUCGAGAUCUGUUUCGAGCGGGUGCAAGUCCCAGCAGUCACCUCACUCGCCUUUCGAGAUAUUCUGGUCGGAGCCGCGGAUAAUGUGGAGCCCCUGUCGCGAUGGCUGACAUUCCUUCUGCGGCGCAUACCAAAUGUCGAGCACGCUGCCAUUCAACUUCGUAUACUUCGUCGAACGCUCGGGUCCAUCGCCGAUUCUGCCCGUCUAUUGCACGCGGAGGAGUUCAUCUCUGCGUUCAGACGACAGUCCUCGUCCAGCGGAGUGUCAUCGUUGGCAUCAGUGCACUUCUAUGCGCUGCGUCCUAGGCACUUAUUGGACAUGGAUAGCGAAGUCCUGCCUCGUGUGCGGCAGGAUCUGGCUGUUCUGGCAGAUGGUCAUGUGAAAGUCUCUCUGAACCUCUUGCAUGCUCUUGUCAGGGGCGUGCUGAAGGCAGGCAUCCCACAGCACGAUGCCUUCAUGAGCAAAGGGAAUCCUCACUCUGCUCAGGCGAGUGUCAGGCAAAUUUUGACGCUGCAGGUCUUGUCAUUCUGA